AUUGGACCGCCCUGCCCUCCCCUCAAGCUCUUGAGCAGUGCAUAACAUUCCGAAGAUAUGGUAGUGGUGACUCUCGCCGCCCUUGGAGCAGCGUACCUGGCAUAUCAUGGGCAUGGGAAGUCUGAGGAACAGAAAAAGGCAGAUUUAGAAGGCCUUCACAAAUGGUUCUUGGCCGCUCAAGCCCGUACAGAGGAGUUCUAUCGUGACGGUCCGCGCGGUCCUGUGGCUUGGGUAGUUAACCAGGGCCAUGUUAUGCCCGAAGAUGCCAUACAAGGAGGAGAGGAGCACGGCAAGCCUGUUUACAUUGCCAGAGCGUAUUGCGAUGGUGGCGUCAUGGUUGGCAAAGCAUCUCCCCACACGAAGAAAGGCGCGGUUAUCGGAUACAAACAUAACGAAAUCAAUGUCGAAACGUAUGAGAUACUAGUCGGAGACAUGGAUCAACUAAUCUGGGUUGAGACUUCCGGUCGCCUAAACAUCGACUCUCUGGAGCACAAGCCUGUGGAAGGCGGCUACGAGCCUGACCUCACCCCCAUCUACAUCGCCCAGGCCCAUCAUCACAUGGGGACCCAUCCUGGCAAGGCAAGCUCUGUGCUAGACGGAGCAUUCAUUCCUCAUGACGGAUCGGAGAAGAAAGUUAAAGAUUAUCGCGUUCUAUGCUACGCCUGAUUUACGAUGCCUAUAUCAGCCUCCUACGAAGGAGUGUAAACAAUUACGUGUAUGGUAUGUAUCAUGAUAUCUGUAUCGCUCACGGGGGCAACGUGGUCAUGAC